UCAACACAACCCGAAUUCUUGCAUUUGUACUCCAUUCUACCCCAUAUUCAAAAAACCCCUACACGAAACAACGCGUCCGUCCAGAAAUUCACACUUUACACUUUACCGCAUUUUUUACUCACCAAACCCGCAUCGAAAAUACUCGGCACAAAUAUUCUACAAAAUGGCACCGGUCAAAGCGACGCGAAAGAGAAAAUCAGAGGCUAUAACAGGUUCAAUUAAGGGCCAAAAGAUACACACCAUAAGAUGUUCGCCUGAGCGAAGUCCGAUCAAGAAGCGGAAGUUGGGCCUAUCCCUUGCGCAGAAGCAAGCUCUCAUCGACAACCUCCAACUAGAGAUUACCGAACGUGCAAGACGACUAAGAGCCCAAUACAAUAUCCAAGCGCAACAUCUACGAUCACGCGUCGAGAUGCGCGUCAACCGAAUACCCACCGCCUUACGAAAACUGAAGAUGGGCGAGCUCCUCUCCAAAUCACUACAGCCACAACAACCUCCUCGCCCACCUAAGUCAACGUAUGUAGCCAGACCUCCACCCGUCCCUGCAAAGGAUGGCGCGUCAGCCAAACCCCUCCCACGAAAGCCAGUUCCAGCAGUCAUUGCAAAGGGCCUAAGCGAGGAAAUACUAGGUCUAGAUAAGGAGAACCAAGGCGACGAUGUUCAGAACCCUAAGAAGAGGCCUGCUGCAAUCCAACCGGGACAAAUCCUAUCGCCCACAUCUUCAAACACGCGAAUAGUACCCCGCGCUCGCCCGGCAGUAUCUCCCAUGAAGACGCUAGUCAGCAGGCCCGCUUCACCUAUGAAAGGACCCCCGCCUAAGCCUUCUUCUAAUAUCAUAUCGAGUAUGUCGGAUAGGGUGAAGGCAUCACGACCUGCGGUCACAAGGAAACCUACUACUUCAUCGAUGACCAGCUCAGCUAACGGCAACGCAUCUGUACGUGCGCGACAGGCCGCAGUCCCAUCACGUCCCCCGACUGCAGCGUCUACGCGAGGGAGACGGAAGGCUAGUACUACAAGCGAGUCGAGCAAUGGCAGUUCGACGACGGUACUCAAGAAGACAACCGCUUCGAGGGCAGCCAAGACGACAGCUCCCGCGGCCAAGAAAACAGUCAUGGGCACAAUAAAAUCAGCCACAACCAAAAAGCCUCCGGCAACAAAAGCCGCUGCCUCUGGAACGGGGACAGGGAGGACGUUAAGGAAGAGAGCUUAGAUAUUAAAUGACUAUAAUGUGUUAAUUGCAUCUCGCUCGGCGUUAUGGUUCUGUUUUCUGUCGCUGCACUGCACAGGAGGGGGGUAUGGAUUAAGUCAGGUCCCAAUGAGAACCUUGCUGGCGUUUUUAUCUAAAAGAUUUC